GGAAGAAAGGAUCGCAAUCCGCUUGAAUGGCUUAACAUGUCAGCGAGCCUCCGCCGCAGCACUCUCAUCUGGACGUCAUUGCAGCUGAUCUUUUCGCUGGCGCGUGCCUGCAGCAUCGAUCCUGGAACGCCGCCGUCGCCGCGCCGCUGGCCCGGCGGCGAAUUUGAAUACGCGUCUCAAUUACAGCUUGCCGGGAAUCCGGAAUAUCUUGCUCGAUGCUCCGGGGAUGGGGUGGCCUGCGAGAGCUGGACCGAUGAUCGUCAUUCCAGGUUCUGCCACCGAGAAAUGUACACUCGCGGUAAGUGGGAUCGCAGGCCUGCCUUUCACGAGAAGCCUCAUUCGUCCUCGAACAUCCAGACAGCGAGAAAAAUUAGUGCAGGGCAAGCGUCGUUCGGAAAACCAAGAUCGUUCAUUUCAAGCGAUUUCAAUAUUACCGACCGAGAGCCAGCCCGACCGACGUUUCCAGAAGCAACCUCGACUGCAACAAGUGUCUCAUCAACGUGGGUUAUAACUGCAGAAGGCUGCACAAGGGACGGAGCUCAAAGUAGCUCGAAGAACCCGGCAAACUUCCUCCCAACUUUCCGCGAGAACGAAAGAGCGAGUUUCCGCUCGCGUCAACGAUUCCCGCAAACGCGGGCCAACAUUCUCCGAACGCGGCGCCGUUCAAUGCAGCUCGCUUCUCGGAAAAGGGAUGCAUGUCAGAUACCGAUAGGGGAAAAACUCUGGCCGAACUCGAAACGCGGCUCCGCAACUCUACGAAUCCGCUCCACUUCCAGCCAGAAUCGCGUCCCCCAAUUCAGAAGGAGAGCUCUGCUGUCCCUGGCCGACAGCGAAUCAAGCGCCGGAAGUCCCUCUCCCAAGUCUCGGAGGAUCGUCAAAAAGCAUCGAGGCAGGAGACGGCCGGCAGGCCGUCCUAAUCUCGCGAGCAGAGCGCAGGCUCGCCUCGGCGCGAAGAAGGAGCUCGCCGAAAUCGAGCGUCGAAUCGCCGCGGACUUGGACAGGAUAAGGGGCUCCUUGAGGCUGGAGAAAAAGUCGGCGCUCGAGGAGGGGCACUCGGCUGGGGGCGAUCGGCAAGCGGUCAGCCGCGAACCCGAGCGCGUGGCCUCCGGGCCGGAGGGAAAGAAAUUGGUCGCCGAGGCGCUGAUAAUUUCGAGCCUCGGACGGCGGCUGCCGAUCUGCCUGGCGAUCGGCGCCGGCGAGCUGGGUCUGGACUACUUUCGCGACUCGAGGAGCGUCCGGCUGGACGAGCUGCUGGAGCUGGCGAGGCGCGGGCUGCGGACGAAGGACGACGAGAGGCUCGAGCAGGAGCUGCGGGAUCUGCGCCAAUCGGAGAAUGAGCGCGGCAACGCUGCUGAAAGCAGCAGCAGCACUGGGAAUCACUCGAAGAGUAACGAGCACUCGAGGCACGUGAAUAUUACACCGUACAAGGAGGUUUCGGUGAAUAAUAACGAUCCCUCAGCCGCCUCAGCCGCCUCAGCCGCCUCAGCAGCCGCAGGGGCUGAGCCUCUCGCGGCAAGUUUCCGCGGGAAGGGAACACGUAAAUCGAAGGAGAGCGUCUACUACGACGACUAUUACGACUACUACGAAAGCAGGAACGCCGGGACGGGAAGAAGGCUGUCCUCGCUCAACGGCCUCAACCUCCGCGUGUCGGGCGAGCUGGGCUACGAGCCGAGCGCGAGGUCGGCGAGAAAGAGCGCCGACCUGAGCGAUCUCCUGGCCGAGGGGCGCGAGUACGACGUCGCGGUGCAGGGCAGUCUCCACCUGCACCUGGAGGACCCCGAGGACGCCGGAGCCGCCAAGUCGCAUGGCAGGAAGAAGAAGCGCUGCUCCGGCAAGAAGCCCAAGCGCUCGAAGCGCGAGGGGGAGGCGAGGGGAGCGCUGCGGCGCAUGGGCGACGAGAAGGCGCCCCGCAAGCGGAUCCACGCGAACGCCAAGCUCGUCCGGCUGUCCGCGCCGGAGAAGCAAGGCUCGAGCAGGAGCUUUUGGCGCGGGGACGGCGACGGCGACGACGAGUCCGCCGGGGCUACGGCGAGGUGCGGUUGCGAGGCGACGAGCACUGCCGCGCCGCCUCCGGCCGACUUCACCUCCGUCGCGGUGGACACCCUCGAGCCCGAGACGGGCACGGAGGGGGAGAGGGUGCGCACGAGGACCAGCAGCCCCGAGUGCCACUGCGGCAGCACGGAGACCGCGGCCCGGGACUCGACCGAGUCGCGGACGGAGCCGAGCGCGACGAGCAGCGAGGGGACGACGCCGGGACGAGAGCCGGGUGACGAGCUGCAGCUGCAGAGGGAGAAAAUCGCGAGGAUGCGGAACAUGCUGGAGAUCCUGACGUUCGUGAAGAAGCUCGAGCAGCUGAUGGCCGAGGGGGGGGCGGCUCCGUUGCGCGUCAGCGACGACACCGGCGGCCUGGAGAUCCGGCUGGAGAAGAUGUACGCGAGGCCCGGCCGGAACCGCUCGGAAUCGCCUCCUGCCGCGAUUUCCGCGAGCCCGGAAGGAGCAGCCGAGGCCCUGAGGAAGCACAAGCAGCCGGACGAGCUGCAGGAGGAGCCGAUCGAGGCCUACGUGGAGCCGAGGCCUAGGUGGAACGCGACGUACGCGAGGCGCGCGAACAAGAGGCGAAAACGCCGGGCGAGCUACCAUGCGGCCCGUUGAGCCAGCCUGUACGAGCCGCCUUGCGAUUAAUAAGAGGAUCAGUGCAGUAGACCGGACCUGUCAAUGAACUGUAUCGCGCAUACAUUUACCACCGACGCGAAUAGCGUAUGCGCGACGCGUAGGACCGGUAGGGCGCCUGGACCGAAUAAAGCGAAUAAAGCG